AAACGGGUCAUGAUUGCGAUCCAAGAUGACUCGGGUUCUCAAUGGUAGCAAAGAAAUCCAAAUAAAUAAACCCAUUUAACCCUAAACAAAACCCUAGCCCCCUUUCACUCCUUCGGCAGCAGCAACAAGCUCCAUCCACCAUGGGUAUCGAUUUGAAGGCAGGAGGUAAGUCCAAGAAGACCAAACGAAACGCACCCAAAUCCAAUGAUAUCUACCUCAAGCUUCUCGUUAAGCUUUACCGUUUCCUUGUUCGGAGGACUGAGAGUAGUUUCAAUAAGGUUAUCCUCAAGCGUCUUUUCAUGAGCAAAGUGAACAAGCCACCACUAUCACUUUCUAGGUUGAUUCGUUACACCAAGGGAAAGGAGGGUAAGAUUGCUGUAGUUGUUGGUGCGGUGACAGAUGACAUUAGGGUUUAUGAAGUACCUGCAAUAAAGGUAACUGCUCUAAGGUUCACAGAAACUGCCAGAGCAAGAAUUGAGAAGGCUGGUGGGGAGUGUCUCACCUUUGAUCAGCUGGCUCUUAGAGCUCCUUUAGGCCAGAACACGGUUCUUCUUAGAGGUCCCAAAAAUGCCCGUGAGGCUGUCAAGCACUUUGGAAGAGCUCCUGGUGUGCCCCACAGCCACACCAAGCCCUAUGUCCGUAGUAGGGGACGCAAGUUUGAAAAGGCCAGAGGAAAGAGGAAGAGCAGAGGCUUUAGAGUUUAAGUUUUGGAAGUUUUGGAGCUCAAGCAUGAAAGACCUUUCCUUUUAUAUCAUUAUUGUUAUGUAGUGUUUUAUCUUUCUUUGGUGUUAUUUGUUUUGUUUUUUGUUUUUCUUUUUCCCCAAGGGGAAAAAAGAAUGAACUGGCCUCCAAACAAUUUUGUUUAAGCACAAACUCUCUUCCAAACUUUUUUAGAGAAUUAAUGAGCAUUAUUAUUCUGCAA